AUGGAGUCGGAGGAGAAACAUCGGCGUCUGGUUAAAAGCCUCAAGCAAGGCUCUAAGCUGUGCGAGAUGAUCACUGGGGGUUCUGGCUCUUUGGACAGUAGAAGCAUCUAUGAGCUCAGCUUUGCAGAGGUCAAUGGCACCAUCCUUAGCCUUCUGUCAGAGAACCGUAGAAUGAGCCGCUUUCUCCCAGCACCUGGAGGAGGCAGAGUUCUUCUGGAAAAGAAAGUGGAACGUGAGCUCACUACACUUGAUGUUCUGUGUGUAAACCAGUGUGAAGGAGGAAAUGAGAACCAAGACACCAUUGAGCAGAACUUCUACAGAGGAGGAGAAGUGUCCUGGUGGAAUUUCUAUUUCUCUGAGCAGCCUGGAUCCAUGCGAUUCAUUGAAAGGGACAAAUUAGACUACAUAGUUGACACACUCAUCCCAGGCUUAUGCUCUUUGAGAAAAGGCUGCGUCCUCUUGAACCUCUUACAUGAAGCUGGAUGUGGUGGCACUACUCUGGCCAAGCAUACUCUGUGGAUUCGCAAGAAAAAAAACCGCUGUGCUGUGCUUGUUGACAGACAACCAGACCUUGUUACCGUGGCAAAACAUGUGGUCACACUCCUGAAGUGCGGCUGUAAAGAACGGGAACCUCCACUGCUGGUCCUGCUGAUGAUAGAUGAUUUUGAAGACAUGGACAGGGUCUUCAAGUUACAACAGCUCAUUGAGGAAGAGCUGUCCAUUGAGGAAGUCCAGUCCAGGUCUCCACAGGUGAUCCUCCUCAACUGUAUGAGCAGCAGGGCAGGUAAAGUGCACGAGGCUGACGCACCCUCCACACCUGCACUGAACAGGAGCUGCGGCGGGAUGCCAGACAUCCCCAUCUUACAGGGCUAA